AUGGGCAAGUUUAGAGGAAAGAAUCGUCGCGGCGGCGGUGGUGGUCGCGGUGGUGGUCGCGGCGGUGGUGCUGGUGGUGGCCAGGAACGCGGCAACACCUGGCGUGACUACCCUCCUCUGAAGAAGGAGAACGAGAAGCUCGAGAAUUUUUACAACACGCUGCUGCAGCUCCCCGAGGAGGAGAAGCAGCAGUUCUGGGACGCCCUCAAGCGUGAGCUGCCCAACAGCUUCCGCUUUUGCGGUUCCAAAGGACACGCCCUGGCCGUCAAGAGGCUUCUGCGAACGAGAUAUAUUCCCGAAAUCAUCAAGAUUGAGCACCAGGAUGGCCGACCCGUCGAGCCGCCUAUGCCCGUCCCUUGGUACCCCGACGAGCUCGCUUGGUGGAUGACUACGCCCAAGAAUGUCGUUCGAAAGUUCCCUCCCUUUGCCGCCUUCCAGAAAUUCCUCGUUUCCGAGACCAGUGUCGGCAAUAUCAGCCGCCAGGAAGUUGUCUCUAUGAUUCCGCCUAUGCUCAUGGACCUCAAGCCUGGCAUGACCGUUCUCGACAUGUGCGCUGCUCCCGGAAGCAAGUCGGCUCAGCUGCUGGAGAUGAUUCACGUCGGCGAAGAAUCCCGCGUGCGCAAGGUUCUGCGCCAGUUUGCGCAAGAAGACGGACUGGUCCUCGGUGACGAGACCAAAGAGGAAAUGGAAGCCGACCUCGAAGCCGACCCUUCUGACCAGGGGCGCGCAACCGGUCUGCUGAUUGCCAAUGACGCCGACUACAAGCGCGGCCACAUGCUUGUCCACCAGCUCAAGCGUCUUUCCUCACCCAACCUCCUAGUUACGAAUCACGAUGCCACCCAGUUCCCCUCCAUCAAGCUCCCUCCUUCGCCCAACACACCCAACAAGCCCAACUACUUGAAGUUUGAUCGCAUUCUGGCCGAUGUGCCCUGCUCCGGCGACGGAACUCUUCGCAAGAACGCCAACCUGUGGAAGGAUUGGCAGCCGGGUAGCGCGCUAGGCCUGCACGCCACCCAGAUUCGUAUUCUCGUCCGCGCUCUCCAGCUCCUCAAGGUCGGCGGCCGCGUUGUCUACUCGACUUGCAGCAUGAACCCUGUAGAGAACGAAUCUGUCAUCGCAUCUGCUAUUGAGCGAUGCGGCGGCCCCGAUAGCGUUGAAAUCGUCGACUGCACCGGUCAGCUUCCGGGUCUGAAGCGUGUUCCCGGCAUGAAGGAGUGGAAGAUUAUGGACAAGGGCAACCGAAUCUGGAGCAGCUGGGAGGAAGUGGAACAGUUUGCCAAAGAGAGCAACGAGGGUGCCAUUCCCGGUCGCGUUGUCCCGACCAUGUUCCCCAAGAGCGAGGGAUCUGAUGCCUACGGCCUACCUCUGGACCGCUGCAUGAGAGUUUACUCUCACCUGCAAGACACUGGUGGCUUCUUCAUCACGGUUCUUGAAAAGAAGACUGACUUUAAGGCUAAGAAUGAAAACGAGCGCAAGGCCCCCUCGGCGACUGCUAAUGGCAGCGACGAGGCUUCUGCUGCUGGCGCUGAGAAGCCUGCUGAGACGGAGUCCGCUGCUCAGGCGGAGACCACUGCUGAGACGCCUGCUACUGAGACGCCCGCUACUGAGACGAAGACAGCUGAGCCUGUCGCCGAGGAUGUCAAAAUGGACGAUGCCAGUGCCACCUCCAACAAGCGCCCUCUUGAGCAGGAGCCUACCGAUGCGGAGGCGGUCAACAAAAAGGUCAAGACUGAAGCCGACUCGUCUGCUGCUGCUACGCCUGCAGCUCCCAAGCCGGACCCUACCCACAAGCAGAAGAAGCAGGGUCCCGUCGAGGAGCCAUUCAAGUACCUGGACCCCUCGCACCCUACCAUCGAGAACAUCAUCGACUUUUACAAGCUGUCGCCACGCUUCCCCACCAAUCGCUACAUGGUGCGCAACGAGAUGGGCGAGCCUGCCAAGGCCAUCUACUACACGACGGCACUGACCCGCGAUAUCCUCACCGAGAACGAAGGCCGCGGCAUCAAGAUUAUCCACGGCGGUGUCCGCAUGUUUAUGAAGCAGGACGCGCCCUCGGCCGAGGUCUGCCGCUGGCGCAUCCAGUCCGAGGGCAUGCCCAUCCUUCAGGGCUACGUCGGCGAGCCGCGCAUCAUCCGCCUGCGCAACAAGGAGACGCUGCGCAAGCUGCUCAUCGAAAUGUUCCCCAAGAUCAACGAGGACGCCUGGAAGGGGUUCGACGAGAUUGGCGAGCGCGUCCGCGACGUCGGCAUGGGCUGCUGCGUGCUCCGUGUUGAGCCUGAUGGCACUGACCCGGAUUUCAGCGAGGGCAUGGCCCUCCCGCUGUGGAAGAGCAUCCACUCGCUGAACCUGAUGCUACCCAAGGAGGACCGCGCCGCCAUGCUCCUGCGCAUCUUCAACGACACGACGCCGCUGAUUAACAUUGCGCAGCAGCUGCAGAAGAAGAGCGAGGCGGCCAAGAAGGAGGCGGCGGAGAAGGAGCAGCAGCAGCAGGCGGGACAGGGAGAGGAGGCGGCGGUGGAGGAACUGGACAAUGCCGAUGUGGAGGACCUGCCCAGCCCUGAAUAG